GCGGCAGCACCUCCCCGACGGGCGGGGCGGGACGCUCUCCUUUGCGCCAUGAUGAACAAAUGACCUCGCGGGGAAUGAAAUUUAAGUUCCACCGGGGGGAGAGAGUUCUCUGCUUCGAGCCCGACCCCACCAAGGCCAAAGUGCUCUAUGAUGCCAAGAUUGUUGAUAUUAUUGUUGGCAAAGAUGAGAAAGGCAGAAAGAUUCCAGAAUAUCUAAUCCAUUUUAACGGUUGGAACAGAAGCUGGGAUAGAUGGGCAGCUGAAGAUCAUGUCCUUCGUGAUACCGACGAAAAUCGCAGAUUACAGCGUAAAUUGGCACGGAAGGCUGUGGCUCGCAUGAGAAGAAAAGGAAGAAAGAAGAGACGUUGCAGGUUGCCUGGUGUUGACUCUGUUUUAAAAAGCCUUCCUGCUGAGGAAAAUGAUCAUAAUAGCGAAAAAACUGUAAGUAGUUCUUCUGAUGACAGUGAUGAAGGAACAGAUGAAGAAAUAAAAAGUGAAGAAAGUGACAUAGAAGAGAGGACAGAAAUGAAAGAAGAUCAAGACACUCAUUCAAAAAGGGAGAUGGAAGAAAGAGCAAUAAACAUAGAAAUUCCUGAAGUCUUGAAAAAGAAGCUUGAAGAAGACUGUUACUAUAUUAAUAGAAGAAAACGGCUAGUGAAGCUUCCUUGCCAGACAAAUAUAAUAACCAUCCUGGAGUCAUACGUGAAACAUUUUGCUAUUAAUGCUGCAUUUUCAGCCAACGAAAGGUCUCGGCACCAUCAGGUGACUCCACAUGCUAAUAUGAAUCUUCAUUAUGUGCCACCAGAGAAGAAUGUUGAGCUGUGUAAGGAGAUGGUGGAUGGGCUGAGAAUAACCUUUGACUUUACACUUCCAUUAAUUUUGCUCUAUCCUUAUGAGCAAGCUCAAUUUAAGAAGGUGACUUCAUCAAAAUUCUUUCUUCCUAUCAAAGAGAACUCAACAAAUACUAACAGAAAUCAGGAGGAGCUUUCCCCAAGCCCACCUCUGCUGAAUCCACCAACGCCUCAGUCGACAGACAGCCAGCCUGCAACAGCAGAGCCUGCCACACCAAAAAGAAGGAAGGCUGAACCUGAAAUUCUGCAGUCACUGAGACGUUCUACGCGGCAUACCUCUAACUGUGACAGGUUGUCUGAAAGCAGUGCUUCCCCGCAACCUAAACGGCGGCAUCUUGAGACCCCGACUUCUAUGCCAAAGCUCUUCUUGCACCUGGAGAAGAAAACCCCUGUUCAUAGUGGAUCAUCUUCACCUAUAACUCUGACUCCUAGCAAAGAGGGGAGUGCAGUUUUUACUGGCUUUGAAGGUAGAAGGAACAAUGAAUUGAAUGAGGUUUUGUCCUGGAAACUGAUGCCAGAGAACUAUCCACCAAGUGAUCAGCCACCACCUCCGUCAUACAUCUAUGGAUCUCAACAUUUGCUACGCAUGUUUGUAAAGCUACCAGAAAUACUGGGGAAGAUGUGCUUUCCUGACAAGAACCUCAAGGCUUUAGUAAAACACUUUGAAAUGUUUCUAAGGUUUUUAGCAGAAUACCACGAUGACUUCUUCCCAGAAUCUGCUUACGUAGCUGCCUGUGAAGCCUACUACAGUACUAAAAAUCCCCGGGCAAUCUACUGAAGCUAUUAAUAAAGAUUGAAUCCCUACUAUAUGUAGCCUGUGACAAUGCCGUUCUACCAUGUGGUUACAAGAUGAAGAUGAAAAGAAUUGAAACAACUUCUGGAGUUUGAAAUAGGGGAAUAUCUUCUGUGAUGGCUGGAUUACUUAGCAGGAACGAGGAACUUCUUCUCAGAGAAUGUGUAUAGACUGCGUUGUGAAUUGCUUAGGGAUUUGAAUCAAACUCUACUUCAGAUGAAUGAAGACGCCUCAUUCUGUCUGCUAAUGCAUAGAACUGCAUAGAACUAUUAAAAAGGGAGGCAAAAGCAGAUGCAUUAGCAACAGGACAUUGCAAUUUUGUUAUAGCUUGAUCCUUUCCAGCCUGAGUAAUAAGACUUGACUACGCAGUUACAUGAAGAGAAUUCAUAACUAGUAUCUUAUGAAUUUUUCCUUGCAAAUUGCACUUCGGUUUGUGAAACUUACAAAAGAUUGCUUAAGUUAAAGGAUUAUCUUGCUGUCUGGCUAGUGUGACAUCUGCCUCAAGAGUGACUUUGCUUAAAUGAAAGAUGUGUUGCUUACUUAACAUUUUGCAAAGAUGUCGCUAGCUCUUGCCGUGGUAAGGCUAUCAGAGUUUCAAGGAGAACGUGCCUUGUCAGAGAUACAACAUCUGUCUGGCUAUAACAGAUUUCCAGAGCCAUUAUAAAAGAACAGAUUUUCUACAAGUAAGUGGAAAGUCAAUAAAGUCAUGGCAGUUUAACUGGCAAGUACUCUUUUCCUAAUAAAGAACAUAAUGACUGCUUCUUAAA